AGCUAAAAUAAAGGCUUUCCACCAACUCACUUCUAGAAGACACAAAUUUCACCCUUCUCCUCUCUCCCUUCUCUCCUUUCACUCAUAUCUAAACGCUUAUCUAUAUAACUCAGCUCCACCUUUCUCAACUGCCAUGAACAAGUUCUUUCAGGAAAGGUAGAAGAAGUAAAAGCAGAGGCCAUGGGGAGAUCUCCUUGUUGUGAGAAAGCUCACACCAACAAAGGGGCCUGGACUAAGGAGGAAGAUGAGCGCCUCGUCGCUCACAUCAAGGUCCACGGGGAGGGCUGUUGGCGGUCGCUGCCUAAGGCGGCGGGCCUCCUUCGUUGUGGGAAGAGUUGCCGGCUUCGAUGGAUCAAUUACCUCCGCCCUGAUCUUAAGCGGGGGAACUUUACCGAGGAGGAAGACGAGCUCAUCAUCAAGCUUCAUAGCUUACUUGGAAAUAAAUGGUCGUUGAUAGCGGGGAGGUUACAGGGGAGGACGGACAACGAGAUCAAGAACUACUGGAACACCCAUAUUCGUCGGAAAUUGUUGAGCAGGGGGAUAGAUCCGACGACGCACCGCCCUCUUCACGGGCAAGCGGACGCAUCCUUUGCGACGGAGGUGGAGAAAGUUGUGAGCUUUAUGAGAAGGGAGGAGGAGAAUAAGAGCAGUAAUAGCAGUAGUAACAGCAGAAGCAACAGCGAAGAGCCGAAGCGGUGGAGGUGUCCUGACUUGAAUCUGGAGCUCUGCAUAAGCCCUCCUUUACAGGAUUCGGAAGAAGAGUAUGGCCUUUGCUUUACAAACGGGUUGCUGGAAUUCAGAUGAGGUAAUCAAUCUGGUUCUCAUUUGGAGCAUUUCUUUUCCUUCGUGAGAGCUGAAGCAGGCCAGUAAUGUGAAUAAUUAGUGCCAGUAAUCACAGAUUAAGGAGCAGGUGAGCCCCUUAUUGUAUAAUUUGUCAGAUCAUUAGUACAAAUUAAGAUCUUAAUCUUUUGUUUUAGGGUGGGAGGGCAAAUUAUUGCGUCCGGUGUCUGGAUUAGUCCUGUCAUUAAUCCGGUGUCGUCACGUCACCCAAAUACAUCGGAACGAGUGUAUUUGGGUGACGUGGUGUCACCGGAUUGGAUGUCCGGACAUUCGGUGACCGGACACAAUAAUUUUCACGGAUAGAGAGGGGGAGGUUAGUUUAGUGUAGGUAAUUAAUGUGCUAAUGUGAUUUUUUUUCUUCUAAUUUGUAUAAUCAUUGGCCUAUAUUGAUAUA